GCGAGCCCCUUUGAGGUCAGAUGAGGUCAAUCUUGCGACGGCCAUUUUGAUUUCAAUUUGUUUUUGUGCAAGAGCAAAAAGGGGUCUGGAAUGUCGCAAGAAUCCAAAAACCCACCAGAUUUGUCCCUUGGCGAAUUUGGUCUGUUAGGUGGGAACUUCAAGAUCAGAAGCAAGAUGAACUUUUACAAGGAUGGAACGGAAAACGACUUGGGGGACAAGUCGGCCUACUUCCCACAGUCCACCAUGUUUCCCACGCACAGAUCAGAGAAUGAUCUUUUGACGUCGCAGUCCCAGUCGCUGUCACAGUAUGGCAUUUAUGGAAACCAAGGUUACGGUCUGCAGCAGCAGCAGCAGCCUUCGGGCCCUCCGCGGGGGAUGCCCAACCCCCAGCAACAACCCCAGCAGCAGCAGUUGCCGUUCCCAAGUCGCAGCAUGUCAGGCCACCACGGCAGCAUAGGGGGCCAGAUCACGCCGACGCCUCCCUCACCCAGCAGGGGCAUGCUUCCCGUGGGUCCGCGGGUCAGCCAGGUCCAGACCAGUACCAACCAGCCGUCCAUGAGUGCCCAGAGCAGGGUGGGGACGUUAGGCUCAGGUAUGCCCAGCCCAAACAGCAGGACAUCGCCCAGUCUACUGGCCAUGCAGCAGAAACAACAACAGCAGAGGAUGCUGGGAGGGUCAACGCAAAGUGCAAUUGGAGCGUUCGGCAUGACAAGACAACAGAGUUACGGUGGACCCCAAAACACGUUACUCGGAAACUUCACGCCCCAGUCACUUGCCGCAUCUUUCAAUUCAGUUAACGAGAGCUCACCAUCAUUGGACAUGUCUGACUUUCCUGUCUUGGCCAACAGAGGGCGGCAACAGCCUCCCCCGCAGCAGCAGCAGCACGACAACAACAGCUUGAGUCUGUUCCCGCCAAACCCCAUGGCAGGCAGGCCAGCGUAUGUGGGCAUGGUCAACAAACAGGCGGAUCCGGUGCCGGAGUUCACGAUGCAGAGCGAAGACUUCCCAGCACUCCCAGGCACAAACAUCAUCAGCAAAAACUCAUCAGAACAAAACAGUACCGGUGUGAUUAAGGAGAGCCCGAGGUACCCUGGGGACAAGGUGGCCAACAACAACAGCAACAACGACAAUCAGCAGAAGCGCGGCAUCCAGAUCCAUCCGGAUGGUAAGAUCACGCAUAUCCCACCGGGUAUCGUGACGGAUCCCUUCGGCAUUGUGGGAUUGUUGACAUUCAUCCGGACGGCCGAGACGGACCCGAACUUAGUCCAGCUGGCGCUAGGCAGCGACCUGACUACCCUGGGGCUCAAUCUCAACUCGCCAGAGAAUUUGUACGGUACGUUCCAGUCACCGUGGGCGGAGUCCCCCAGCAGGCCCCAAGACAUUGACUUCCAUGUUCCCCAAGAGUACAUCACCAACAUGCACAUCAGAGACAAGUUGGCUCCCAUCAAGUUGAGUAGAUACGGUGAGGAUCUCUUGUUCUAUCUCUACUACACUCACGGUGGGGAUGUGUUACAACUGGCAGCAGCUGCAGAAUUGUACAACCGAGACUGGCGGUACCACAAGGAAGAGAGGGUCUGGAUCACGCGAGGUCCCAUGAUGGAGCCCCAGGUCAAGACCAGCCUGUACGAGCGAGGCCUGUACUACUACUUCGACCACCAGCGCUGGUGCAAAGUGGCCAAGGAGUUCCACCUGGAUUACGACAAGCUUGAAGAGCGCCCUCACCUGCCAGCCUCCUUCCACCACAACGUGUCCACCAAUCCCGUCAUGGCGCACUGAUGCGUCGGCGGCAACUGUGGGCCGGAGAACUUUUUACGGCAGCUACUGAAGCGCGUGUUUAAGGGACUUCUUUUGUUUUAUAUGGAGACUCUCGAUAAAUACAAAGAAACAGAGAAUUUUCUGGAAGUUCAUACCUCAACCAAUAUAUAAUCGUUUUGUCUGGAUGCCAUUUCUGAGGGUAACCAGAUGGUGGACUAGCAUCAUUCCAUUUUUCAUGGACAGCUCAAGCCCAAGAGCACCAAGAUCUUAGAGCAAGUUCAAGCGCCAGCUAUGGUUAACCUUAGUUUGACCUACCGUGCUUAAAGGUAGACUAUAUCAUUUGCAACUAUCUAAAAAGUAACUGACGAAAUUAUCGUUGAAAAGCAUACUUGGUUUAAAGAUGGUAAUGGCACUAAACUCCCUUUGAAAUU